AUGGCUGCCAGCCAAGUCUGUACAAUCGCGUCCUGGAUAGUCCACCUCGCAUCUGCCGGGAACCUCUACCCUGGGAUCCCUCGAUUUUGGAUGGACCUUGUGUGUCCCAUCGGUAUGUUGAAACUGUACAGGUCGGCGUUGGUCUUAACGGCGAUUGCAUUGAUUGCAGCAUCGUCACCGACGGUGUUGCAAUUCCACGAGUUUUUGGACAGACUACUCGUUCUCUUCCUGUGUCUGGCCUGGUGGUUCCCCUUUUCCUUGGCAGUCGCCCUACCGCACUUGGCUACAACAAUGCUACUGCAGUGUGAGCUGGAGCAUGUUGCCUCUGCGAUUGAAUCUGCCAGCUCUGCGUCAGAUGUGUCUGCUGUUAUUGACGCGUGCCAAGAGCGCAAGCAGCGAUAG